AUGGCAGAGAAGGGGCUCAACGCUCGACAGCAGGACUUUGGGCGCGGCUUAUUGAUGUUGUUAAUUCGCCGCGUCGAGUCGGAUCGGGACGCCGAGCGUUUUGUGUCAGCCGGUUAUCGUUUCGCCGAGCUCCAUCAGGUCAGCAAUAUCAUCACGUCGUGCAUGCAGAUUCAGAGUUCCGAUUUUGAGACGAAACUCCGAUCCAUGUCGACAUACACAACCAAGCACAACGAGGCACCCUCAGGUGUUCAUAUAGGAUUCUUCUCCAUCCAAGCCUGCGUCAGCUCCGGAUUCGAGGUUCUGGUACAGAAGGACGCCCGACAUCUUCUCCCAUCCACGGCUCUUCCACUUAAGACACUCGAGAACUGGCACGUACAGUUCCUCAGGCGGUUUGAAAACAUGCCAGUUUCCAAAAUACUUCAAAGUCUGAAGGAGGAGAUCUCGGCGCGGCAAAACGCUCAGGAGAUCGAGUUUGCGGGUCAGCUAUCAGAGACCAUCAAGACGCUGUGUGAGUGGACACAAGAGCCCCUUUUUGAAGACGCAGUCCUCACGUCUACCAUGGUUCGUGUACCCUGCCGAGGCGAUGAUGAAUGGGUGCAAUCGACCAUGAUUGUGAUGCGGCGGGUGAUUCCUAUCCACUCAGUGCUGUCGAGCCCCAACUGUGAAUUUGUGCCUCUUAGCUUUUUUAAGAGGCGCCAGUUCUCAGCACAAUUUCAACAAAAAUUUAUACGAAGGGUACACCAAGAGUUUGGGCACGUCGUCAAGUUGGCGGAUAGGCGUGAGGGAUCCCCAGAUAGCGAACCUGGCUUCCUAUCCAAGUUCUGGCCGUUUGGGCGGUCCGACAGUUUAGUGGCCACGAGGAUGAAUAGCAAGACUAUGGCGGCGGUGAGGGGACGACGCGCCUUGUCGCCCAACUCACGACAGGCCCGACCGUCAUGUGGAGAUAUCAUGAUGUUUCAAGACAUCACGGCCGACGUUGAAGAAAGAAAGCCGAGAGCAGAGCAAGGGCCCGGAUCGGAAGACUCAGACACGCUCACGAUCGCACCGACUAACUCGAAGACAUCACCGGUAGCAGGGAUUGAGCUCCAGUCGAUGGGCCACUUCGGAACCAACUUGCAGGCGGACUUAGGGGUGUCCAACGACAUUGGGGUGCGUAAAAGUUCAGUGAACCAUAUGUUGCCGUUUGUGGAUAUUCUUUUUGUCGAGACUGUUAAGAGCCGCGAGAAAAAGACGGCGAGAGAGGCGAGCGGUUGA